AGCUGAUUGCCGCGAAAGACCCGAAUGAUGGUAAGAAAAUAAGUAAACAACUCGUUUGAUUUGGAAAAUGAUUUGAAAAAUGUCGGCACGUUGUCGUACCUGUGGCAAGAUUAUUUACUGUGUGAACGCAAAGAAUUUAUUCCAACAGCCCGAUAACAUUAUGCUACAUCAGAUUGCAGCAUUAACUGGAAUUUUUUUAACCGAAAAUAUGGAAUUUCCGACACAUAUCUGUGGACCCUGCGAAGUGGCAUUACGAGAAGCGAUCGUGUUUCGAGAGCGCAUUAUAAAAACUCAAAAGGUGCUCUUGAGCAGUUGCAAUAACAUAGAGGAAGCGUUUAACAAAAUCGACUCGGAAGAAGUGGAAAAUCUGGAGCUUGAGGAAGAUGCCGAAGACAUUGAACAGGAGACGACGCAGGAAGAACCCACAGAAAAUGACACCUCUGGCGAAAAUAAUGACUUACAACAGCAAAGUGAAUUAAAUGAUGAUGGUCAACCGGAAGAGUCUGUGCAACAGAACGAGAUUGAUAAAGAAUCAACUGUAGAUGCUCCCGCUCCAGCACCCAGCUUAGCACGCAAACCUGGCAAACCUCAAUCUAAGCUCUAUGCAACUGUAAACUUUGCAACGAAUACAAGGAAUACUCCUCGCAUCAACUGGAGUAAAUUGUCGGAGGAAGAGAUUGUCGCGCUCAAACGUGAACGGCGUAAGAGAGAUUGCAUCUGCGAGCUGUGCGGCCGCCAUUUCACCUGCCCCAGCAAUUUCAAGGUGCAUCUGCUGCGGCACACUGGCAUAAAGAACUUCAGCUGCAAGCAAUGCCCCUUGAAGUUCUAUACCCCACACUUGCUGCGGCGCCACGAGCUGGCGCAUCUGUGCGAGAAGCCCUACCCAUGCCAGUACUGUGGCCAGACAUUUGCCGAUCACAGCGGAAGGAUUCAGCAUGAGCGGAAUCGUCAUACAAAUUAUCGCCCAUACAAGUGCACAAAAUGCGAAAAGGAAUUCGCUGUUAGUAACAAACUCAAGCGGCAUAUGCUUAGCCAUUCCGGCGUACGCAGUUUUCCGUGCGAGAUAUGCAAAGUAUCCUUCCUGCGGCGGCCACAUUUAACUGCUCAUUAUCGCUCCAAAGGACACGAACAGAAUGCACAAAAUUUCACAGACUUGGCUAAUGCUGUGGACAUUGAUAUCGAAAGUGUCUUACAGUAAAAUCUCUGUCUAAGUGAAUGUAGUGUGUAAGCUCAGUUAAACAUUGACUAAGUUUAACUAGACUUAGUUUUAGUACAAUAUUUAAGCGAAAUUUAUU